UCAUACAUGACGAAAAUGUUCACCUUAUUGAAGAAGGCAGGUUUGUUCCUGUUCGCAAAUCACACCAUACACUAGGUAUAUGCAUACUAUGUAUAUGUAUUGCAUCAUUUGUUAUAGAAACGGAGUUGGCACAAUUCGUGAAUAAAGGAAUGAAAUACCACAAACCAUAUUUCUUUUUAUGGGUUGCACAUAGUUGUUAUAUCAUCAUUUUACCACUUCAACUUAUGUUUAGAUUGAACCCACUUCGAUAUAUGGAAGAAUUCCUUAAUAUAGGAAUUGGACUAAUUAGCACCGUCAAACCGACAUAUCAAGCGAUCAUAACAACAAAUCCAACCGAGGAAGACGUCGAAUAUGAUCACCCGAUGGUGGUUACAUCGAUAACUCAAAUCCUAACAUCCAAACAUUAUAGACCCGUAAUGAUUUAUAUUUUUAAGAUAUCAUUAUUAUUUGCGAUUAUUAUUUGUACACCAGGAUAUAUUUGGUACGUUGCAGUAAAUUUAACCACCACGGCCAAAUUAACAGCGAUAUAUAAUACAAGUUGUUUUUGGGCUUAUGUAUUUUCAAUCAUUUUAUUGAAAGAAACAAUUCGAAUAGAGAAAGUUUUUUCCGUAAUUUUAAGUAUCACGGGAGUGAUGGUCAUGUCAUUGUUAAUUCCGAAUGAAAGAGCGCACAAUAUUGAAGUUGGAGAUUUUAUCGCGUGUUUUGGAGCACUUGUUUAUGGAUUAUAUGAAGUCCUUUAUAAGAAGUUGGGAAGUCCUCCUACAACUUCGUUUUUAUUUGCGAAUACGAUAACGGGAUUAAUAGGGUUAUGUACUCUAUUGUUUCUUUGGAUACCUAUACCGAUAUUACAUUAUUUGGGUAUUGAAAUAUUUGAAUUGCCUGAUCCUGAAACGUUUGGAUAUAUCUUAUCAACUGCGAUAGCCGGAGUAUUUUUUAAUGCUAGCUUUAUGUUAUUGAUAGCAUUGACUUCUCCGUUAUUUGCGUCUGUUGGUAUUAUGUUAACCAUCCCAGUCGUUGCUUUGGUUGAUUGGCUCAUUACUAAUACUCCCAUAGGUGUAAAUACUAUUAUUGGUAAUCUCUGUAUAUUAUUGGCCUUUAUAUUAUUAAUUUGGACAAAUAUCAAGGAUAAAAUUAGAUAUAUUUUUUUAAAAAAAUAA